AUGGCUGUCAACGCUCUUAUUGUAGGCGCGACCGGCCUUUGUGGUUCAGCGUUUCUCAAAUAUGCUACCGUAGAAUCUGGUUUUGCUUCUGUGACGACCAUCACAAGAAGGAAACCGCACAAUUCUCAAGCUGAAAAAGUGAAAAGCAUUGUCGAAAAGAACUCCGCAAGCUGGGCUGACAUGAUCCCCAAUAAUAUCAAUGUUAUGUUUUCUGGCCUUGCCACAACUAAAGGUGACGCAGGUAGCAAGGAAAACUUCUAUAAACUUGACCAUGAUCUGAACAUGGAAUUAGCCAAACGUGCCAAAAGUUUAGGCUGCGAAACGUAUGUCCUCGUCAGCUCCGCGGGCGCCGACGAGCGCUCGCAUUUUUUUUACUUGAAGACUAAAGGUGAGAUUGAGAGGGAUAUUUUGGCACUGGGCUUCGACAAGACCAUCAUUUUACGGCCGGGAGCCCUGCUUGGAGAGCGAGCAGAAAGCAAGGGCUUUUUCAAUUCUUUAGUCGCCAACAUAGGUGGAUUAACCUACAGAACCGGAUUGCAGGGAUUAGUUGGCUACCCCGUUUACGGAGACGAGGUCGGGAGAGUUGGCAUCACUUUGGCUCUCGAUACAUCCCGCACUGAAAAAGUUCAAAUUGUGGAGAGCAAAGAGAUUUUGGAGCUGGCUGCGGGAGCUGAUUGA